AUGUUCUCCGUCGUCAUCCCCGGCCGCCCAUGUCAAACCGACAUCGUCGCAGUAGACAGCCAACCAAACGGCCAAGCAACCAAAUUCGCCUUCACAAUCCCUCUCAGCCCCUCCCUCAGCGAAAUAGAACAAUCCUCCCCCCCAAACACCGGCGCCGCAAUCUACGCCCAACUCCCAGACCCAACCACCGGCCAACCCUCCUCCUUCCGCUUCAUCGGCGCCCUAGCAAACGAAAAGCCCUCGGGGAUCUUCACCGUCCGCCCAGCAAACAGCGUCCGCUCCGAAGCCGAAGAAGAAGAUGACAUGCUCGACGAGGGCAGUGCCACAACAGGCGUGAUGACACUCGGCAUCUCAAUCGAAGCAGCGCAAGACAUCGCGCCGCAGCUUGCCGCGCUGGACGCGCAACCGAGCGCGACAUCGACCGCUCUCGUCCCGCAAGCUGCGCAAAGACCUAUUUCGACGAAGGCGCUUGCGCAGCGGAUUAUCGGUAGCGCGUUUAAUUUCCUCGCUAGCUUUGCGACGUCGGAUAAAGGUCAGGACGUGGUGCCGUUGAAGAGCUUCCAUGAUUGGUGGGCGAAGUUUGAGCAUCGCAUUGAUCUUGAUCCGACGUUUUUGGAGCGCGAGGAUCCUAAUGCUAAUGCUUGA